AUGGUAUUAGAAAAUCCAAAAAAAGCGGAAGAGACAGUGAUAAACAAAAUAGUGAAAAGGCAAGCAUUAAAUGUAUUUGUAGCAGGACUGAGGGAACCGUAUAAUAUAUUAGUAAAGGCUCAGAGUAGGGAUACACUAAGAGAAGCAUAUCAGGUAGCAUUGGAGGAGGAAAAAGCGUUAUUAGCUCAGGAACAUAAUAGGAAACUUUUUGUGAAUAGCGACAAAGGAGUAAAACCAGGUGUUAAGUGUUUUAAGUGUAAUAAAAUAGGACAUAAGAGCUUCCAGUGUUAUAGUAAGAGUACAGGGCAAGGAAAAAAUCAAAGUUACGAAAAGACGAAUAGGGAAAGUGAUAGAAAGAAGUGGGAAGAUCAAGCGAAACAAACGUGUAAUUAUUUUAAGAAACCAGGACACGUAAUGGCAAACUGUUAUAAAAUAAAAAAUAGAACUAGUACCAAGGUGAAAAAUAGUAAUAACAGUAAUGUAAGUAAUGCACCGGUAGCGAACUCAUUACCAGUCAGUGAGUCGCAGCGCGAGUGUUGA